AUGAACUUCAAGACGUGCUUCGCCCUCGUCCUCGUCGCCGCUGUCGCCACUUUCGCCGCUGCCGACGAAGACCAGUCGGCCCCUCUCUACUGCCAGGCCAUUGGCUGCCCCACGCUCUACUCCGAGUCGAACAUUGCCAUCAGCCAGCAGUGCCGUAACGAGGGCCACGUUGGAGACGCCUUCCACAGCUGCUGCUCGACCAAGUGCGGUGCUACUGCGGUGCCUGGCCAGCAGCAGGCAGGUCUCGAGGCACACGGAGACUCGCCCCGCGCAACAGGAAGGAAGGAAGGCUUCCCCGCCCACGCCCCGAGGUUAACUCCACCUUACAACCGAGCCACCAUCAUGGCGGAGGACGCUGCUGCUGCCGCCGGCGGCAUGCUGGACAACGGCGCCAUGGUCUGGGUGCCGCACGACGAGCAGGUCUGGAAGAAGGCCGUGGUCGUGCGCCGCAUGGAGGACGGCGUGAGCGCCGAGGUGCGCCUGCAGCCCAGCGAGGACGGCGAGUGGGACAAGGACGACGGCCUGCAGAAGGUCGUCAACAUCCGCGACAUCGCGCGGCUCGCCGGCGAGGUCUCGGACGAAGCCAUGCCUAUCUGCAACGUGUUCGAGGCGGACGGCGCCAACGACAUGUGCACGCUCAACCACCUGCACGAGCCCGCCGUGCUCAAGAACCUGGAGCUGCGCUUCGCCAAGAAAAUGCCCUACACGUACACUGGCGCCAUCUGUAUCGCCGUGAACCCGUACCAGUGGCUGGACCUGUACGGUCGCGAGCUGUACCAACAGUACUUGGAGCAGCCCCGGGACUCGCUGGCGCCGCACCCGUUCGCGCUGUCGGCCACCGCCUACUUGGACAUGAAGCGGACGCAGGUGGACCAGAGUAUCCUGGUCAGUGGCGAGUCUGGAGCUGGUAAGACCGAGACGGUCAAGAUCAUGAUGAACCACUUGGCCUCGAUCUCCGGGGGUGGCAACCACGGCACGAAGGUCAUCGACCAGGUGCUCAAGUCCAACCCGCUGCUCGAGUCCUUCGGUAACGCCAAGACCAAGCGCAACGACAACUCCAGUCGCUUCGGCAAGUUCGCUCAGCUGCAGUUCGACAACCUCGGAUCGCUCGUUGGCUGUCUGUGUGAGACCUACCUGCUCGAGAAGAGCCGUGUAGUGGGUCAGACGGAGGGCGAGCGCAACUACCACGUCUUCCACCAGAUCUUCUGCCUGCCGGAGGAGCGCAAGGCCGAGCUCAAGCUCAGCGGCGACGCCACCAACUACAAGUACGUGUCGGAGGGUGCGGAUGCCGAGCUCACAGGUAUCGAUGACGUCCAGUGCCUCAAGGAGACGCAGGACGCUCUGGAUACUAUUGGCAUCUCGACAGACGAGCAGAACGCCAUCUUCGAGAUUGUCGCGGCGAUCCUGAACCUCGGAGAGGUCGAGUUUGAACAGAACGGCAACGACAGCGAGAAGUGCCACGUCAGCAACGAGGACAUCGUGGACAACGUGGGCGCUCUGCUGCGCACUGAGAGCGCGGCCCUGCACUCGACGCUGCUGGAGCGCUCGAUCACGGCCGGCUCCGAGUCGUACACGAUCCCGCUGAACGCCGAGCAGGCCUCGGACCUGCGUGACGCUCUGGCGAAGGGCAUGUACACUCAGCUGUUCGACUGGCUGGUGCACCGUAUCAACAAGGCUAUCUGCUCCACGAACAACGUGAAGACGCACAUCGGUCUGCUGGAUAUCUUCGGUUUCGAGAGCUUCGACCAGAACGGCUUCGAGCAGCUUUGCAUCAACUACGCGAACGAGAAGCUGCAGCAGAAGUUCAACAGUGAUGUGUUCAAGGACGUGCAGCAGGAGUACGUGGACGAAGGCAUUCCUCUUACGCUCGUGACGUUCGAGGACAACCAGCCGAUCCUCGACCUGAUUGAAGGCCGCAUGGGUAUCGUCAGCCUGCUGAACGAAGAAGUCCUGCGUCCUCAGGCCACGGACAACACGUUCGUGAGCAAGGUGCUCGACGCUUGUAGCGACCACCCGAGCAUCGAGAAGAACAGAAUUAACCCGCUGGAGUUCACUAUCCACCACUACGCUGGCGACGUGACGUACAACGGUACGGGCUUUUUGGAGAAGAACAAGGACACUCUGCCUACCGACAUGGUGCAGCUGCUGUCGGGCAGCCAGAACGGCGUCAUCUCGGGCAUUUUCACCCCCACGCAGAAGAACAAGCGCAACAGCCGCGGCAAGAACGGCAAGGAGGGCCGCCAAAAGGGUUUCCUUGUGGGUAAUACCAUUGCCGGCGCUUUCCGCAAGCAGUUGUCGGAGCUGAUGGAGACCAUCAACAAGACGUCGUCGCAGUACGUGCGCUGCAUCAAGCCGAACGCCAACAAGAGCGCCGUGGAGUUCAACCGCGUUAUGAUUGUGGAGCAGCUUCGAUGCGCCGGUGUGAUUGCCGCCAUCCGAAUCAGUCGCGCGGCUUUCCCUAACCGUCUGCCUCUGGUGGAGUUCCAGCAGCGUUUCCAGAUCAUCUGCCCGUCGGCUCUGCGCGAUGCCGACCCUUCUGAAAUGGUUGCCGGUCUCCUGAAGGAGCUGAUCCCCGACAUGGCUACCACUAUGCAGAACACUAAGUUUGCUGUGGGUAAGACCAAGGUGUACUUCAGCUCGGGUCUUCUGCAGAGACUCGAGGACCGCCGCAACGUGAUCCUCAAGGACCACGCCAUCCUUAUUCAGAAGACGCUGCACGGCUACGUGCACCGCAAGCGCUUCCUGCGCCAGCGCUCCGCUGUGGUGGAGAUCCAGGCGAUUACUCGUGGUGGUCUUCAGGCGAAGCGUUACCGUAAACUGCGCGUGAGCAUUAUUAAGCUGCAGGCUAUGGAGCGUGGCCGAAAGCAGCGCUUCCUGUAUUCUCUGCUGCUCGAGCGUGUCAGGAAGGAGCGUGAGCGUGAGCAGGAGCGUCUCCGCAAGAUCGCUCAGGAGGAGGCGGCCGAGCGUCUGCGCCAGAAGUCGAUGGAGGAGCGCGAACACAGCGACCCCCAGCCGGAGCCUGUGGAAGAUGACUGGAGUGACGAAAGUGACAAGGAGGAUGACAUCGAGGCAAGCCCGUCUGGACCCGUGUCGCCGCGUACGCUCCGUGCCCUCACGGAGGCGGCGUCCAAGGUUGCCGAGGCUGAGUCGGCCGCGCGCGAUGCCAAGUCGGCUGCCGAGGCUGCUCUGGAGCUGAACCGCGAGCUGGUGGCCCAGAACGACCGCCUGCGCUCGACCCUGUCGUCCAACGUGGCUGAGUACGCUGACGCUGAGCUGCUGCGUGAGAACGAGCGUCUGAAGCAGCAGGUUCUGCAGCUGCAGACGAAGCUGGUGCGCUCGCAGGAGGUGUCUCUGAUCUCCGCCAAGGUGGUGGACAGCCGAAUCACAUACCGUGAGGGCCGACAGUUCGUCGAGUACAAGCUUCAGAUCGAGACCAACACGCGUGGUACGCUGUACGUGUGGCACCGCUACAGCACGUUCCGUAACCUGGCUGCCACGCUGCAAACCAAGAACGGAUACAAGCGCAAGGAGAUCCCGGAGCUGCCGAACAAGCAGCUUUUCGGCAACUUCUCCGAGAAGAUCAUUCAGGACCGUGUGGCCAAGCUGAACCAGUUCUUGGAGGCUGCCACCAACGCCGAGUACCUCCAGUGGGGCAUUCGUGUGGACCAGGACACGUGCGUGUACAAGCGUCGUGUGAAGAACGCGUCGCGCGAGAGUAUUUCUACUGCCAGCACGCACUCGUCGUCGCCGCGUUCAUCAUCACGACUGUCGAUGAAGUCGUUCAGCUUCCGUCGUGGCAGUACGGCUGGAAAUUAGACUGCUUAAAGGUGUAAGUGUAUCGUGCAGAAGCGCGAGUGGACUAAAGAACAAUUGCUCUGAUGGUUGCGCGGCGGCCCCAAUCCCGCCUGAUGAACGGCUCGACUAGCGAGUCAAGGGACGGGAAUGCAGUAUCGCGUGCGAUUUUCGUCUGCUUCGUGGCGAG